AUGGAUGCUCGCGUACAGGACUACUUCGACGAUAAGCUGCAAUCGGCUGCCGACCUCGAGUCGCUAGGCACGCUGCUGGACAGUGUCAAGGCUCAGCAACAUCUGUUGCAGAAGCAGCUCGACGACGCACGACGAGACCAUGACGAAGCGAGCGAUGCCGCCCAACAGCACACGGAUGCGAUUCGACGCAAAGGACAGGAUUUCCAGAAGGAGCAAGACGAUAUCGAUCGGAGACUGCUGAUACUCACACAGUCACAGACGAGCGAUGAGGCCGUGGAGAAGUUCGAGGGCAGUAUGGCUAGACUGCGGAAGCUCGACAUCGCAGCCGGAUACGUUGAGCUGCUGGAAGAGGUUGAUGCACUGCGGGAUGAAUGUGCAGGCAAGCUCGGGAAAGACGAUGAUGCAGCGCUCCUUCCAUACAAGCAACUGCAGCAGCUUCUUGCCAGUCUGACGAUGUUGCAGGACUCUGCAGAAGGAGCGGCGCCACAUUUGCUCCACCACAUUGCUGCUGUCGUCAAGGGCCUGCGACAGACCAUCCAGAAGGGCUUCGCAGACAACUUGGAGCAGACAAUGCAGAAGAUGAACUGGCCCAAGUCGACUGACAGAGUCCCGCUCGCUCUGGAGAAAGGGUGGGCGCUCAACAUUGGUCGGCUGCUGGACCUUCAGAUGCAAGACCUUGAGAAUCGUGAACACCAUCCUGAGCGCAACAUCAUGCAUGACCCGCCGGUGCUGCUGCCGUUCGAAGUGUUGGUCCAGCCGCUCGAACAGCGCUUCACAUACCACUUCUCCGGCAACAAGCAGACAAACCGCUUGGACAAGCCAGAGUACUUCCUUGAUCACGUUACAGAUCUAAUCGCCAACUACUCCGACUUCGUGCAGGAUAAUGUCCAGCCGAUAUUGCUGCAGCACUUCCGGCGUUCAGAUCUGGCAUUCACACCGGCGUACAUUGAUGCCGUGUCAGCCUUUAUCACAGCACUUAUGCCAAUGGUCAAGAACAAGCUUUACAGUUUCGCAGGCCAGGUCGCCAAGCAGCCCAACUUGUUAAGUCACCUAGUGCAGGAGGUUAUCAGAUUCGACAUGACUAUGCAAGAUGCGUAUGCAUACACACCCAGCUCUCCUGCUGUGCUUUGGAGAGGCAUGUCGUACUUCCUGCUCGAGAAUUGUGGCUACUUUCAGCAGUGGCUCGGCGCUGAGCGGGACUUUGCCAUCUCUCGCUAUCAAGCAAUCGUCGACUCAUCAGAUGCGGGCGAGAUCGACUACGAUGCUGUCAACGCAGAUGCAACGAAGCCCACCAAAGCUGCCAUUCGUGUCAACGAUCUGCUCGAAGAGAUCACGGCAAGAUACCGCAAUUUGACGAGCUUCAGUCAGAAGAUUCGCUUCCUGAUUGAUAUCCAAAUUGAGAUCUUCGACCAGUACUACAAGCGUCUGUCUUCUGGUCUAGAAGCAUACCUUACUUUGACAUCGACGGUUGGACGCGUUACUAGCAUGUCCAAAGAAGAUUCAGCCAAGGUCCAAGGCGUCCGUGGUCUUGAUCGACUAUGCCGUAUUUUCGGUUCGGCAGACUACCUCGAACGUGCCAUGCGAGACUGGAGUGAUGAUGUCUUCUUUCUGGAGCUCUGGGCAGAACUCGACUAUCGAUCCAAGAAUCGCGAUCAGAUCAGCCGUAACUUCACUUGGAACGAAGUCCAGCAGAAGACCAGCUCGACACUUGGGACUGAAAACGACAGCGGUCUUGAAGGCUCCAUCUUCGACGAGACUGAGGAGAGCUAUCGCAAGCUGCGUGACCGAAGUGAAAACAUCCUGAUCGAGACGUUGACAUACAGCGUCCGUCAAGCGCUAAGGCCUUACUCUGGCAUAAGUACCUGGGCCUCGCUGUCAUCGAGUUCCGCCGGUAGCGCCACAUCAUCUGAACUCGAUCCACUUCUCAACCUCCUACAGGAACACUUCGGCUUCUUACACAAAGCCGUAGGCAAAGCGCCAAUGAGACGUGUCGGCAGGUCAAUCUGUCACGUCAUUCAAAGCUACGUGUGGGACAACAUCCUCCAGUCUCGUGCAUCAUUCUCCACCGCCGGCGCAACACAACUCACGACAGACAUGCGCGCCAUCUGUACCAGUCUUGACCACUAUAUGGGUCGCGGCCAGGCUCAAGUCGGCAUGCGAAAGUUGCUCGAGGGUGUAACAUUACUUUGCUUGCCCGUUCGUGGCGAGAUUGAAAGGGUGAAGCCGGGUGAAGACGAAGAGAAUGACUCGGCAUGGGAGGAGAAGAAUGAAGAGCCGGAGCCUGCGGAUGGCAAGCAGAUGAGUUUGUUCCAAGCUGAGAGGCUUGUGUUUAUGAACAAUGAGAGCGCGAGACACGCAUUGGAACAGCUUGGAUUAGAGAGCCUGAAUGAGGCGGAUGCCAGGACUGUGUUGGGGAAGAGGGUCGAACUUUCCAGCUAA